AUGUCCUCUGAACUAAUUGAAACGAAACGUUUGCAGCCGCGGGCAAUUUUUGGUAUAAAUGGUAAAGUAGAAUUUGGUUUACACUUGCAUCCGGACAAGCGGCAUAUUAUAUAUCCAUUGGGCACUAAAAUCGGUAUCGAUGAUACAAAAACAAAUAAACAGGAAUUUAUUGGUGGUCACACCAAUAAUAUAUCAUGUUUGGAUAUAAGUCGAAGUGGUCGUUAUAUGGCUUCGGGUCAAAUAAAUAAUAUGGGCUUUCCAGGCUAUGUAAUUUUGUGGGAUUUUGAUGAACGUAAAGAAUUGGCCAGACAUGAUUUACACAAGGUUCGUGUCCAAUCCAUUUGUUUUACGGCACACGAUAAGUAUGUAGUGUCCGUGGGUGGACGAGAUGACGGUUCUGUAAUUGUUUUUGAUAUUGCAACACUUACACCAAUUUGUAGAUCUGUGGCCUCGAGAUCCAUUAAUGGCAAUGCCAUUAUUGUAAGGGCUCUGCAUGAUAACCCAUCGUUCUUUUUAACUGCAGGCGAUCGACAUCUUCGCAUUUGGAGUAUUCAGAGGGAAAUGAAAAAAGUCAAUGUCCAUGAUGUCUAUGUGGGUAAACAUCAAAGACGCUAUACCAGCAUUUCCAUAGAUCGUCGGGAUGAAUAUGUCUAUUUGGGAACAUUUAGUGGAGAUGUUAUUAAAAUUAUACUCAACUGUUGUGAUACCAAUAAUGUCACAAGAUCCGGAACGUUCUCGUCUAUGAUGGGAGCAUAUGGAACCCAUAAUCCAAGGAAACCAUUUGGUAAAGACUGCAAUCGUUACAUAAACGGGUUGAGAGUGGUUUAUAUUGUCGACGAUGGGCUGUUGCUAAUGGGUGCAGGUGAUGGAACGGUUGAAUUGGUCGAAGAACGUAAAGAUAUCAAGGAGACAAGUUUUAAAAAUUAUCCAAGUCCCACCUGGCCAAUGUUGAAAACGCUGAAAAGAACAAAAGUUAAUGGUGCAAUUACCUCCAUGGUUCAAAUAACACCCAUUGAGUAUUACAUUGCCACCGAAGCCAAUGAAAUCUAUUUGCUGAAUAUCAAAUUAUUUACUUUGAAAUUGCUAAAGACCUCGCACAGGGAGGCAGUCCACAAUAUUAUUUUCCCCAAAAACCUUUCAUCGGUGUUCGCCACAGCCGGCUAUGAAACCAUACGCAUCUGGUCCACAAAACGUUUACAGGAAUUAUUGCGCAUUAUGGUAUAUAAUUUCCAGUGUGCAGAUCUAGCAUUUACCAAUGAUGGUAGUAGCCUGGUAUCGGUGUGGAAUGAUGGUGUUAUACGGGCCUUUACACCCAUCACCGGAAGAUUGAUUUAUGCCAUACCGAAUGCUCACAAUAAGGGUUGCAGUGCCUUGGCUAUAUCAUCCUCGGGACGUAUUAUUGUUACUGGCGGUAUUGAGGGUCAAGUACGCGUCUGGAAAAUUGAACCAUUUCGUCAAAGUCUUGUUGGUGUGCUGAAAGAUCAUUCGGGUCCCAUUACAUCAUUGGAUUUUAAUAAUACCGAUACUGAAGUGAUCUCCGCCAGCUGUGAUGGUUCUUGUGUUAUAUGGGAUGUAAAUCGCAUGACCCGUAAAAAUGUCAUAACUGCAAAUACUCAAUUUAUGACAGCGAAAUAUUUCCCGACCGGCAUUCAAAUUUUGACUUGUGGCACUGAUGGUCGCAUACGUUACUGGGCCGUAUAUAAUGGUAGUCUAAUACGAGAACUUCAAGGUUCGGGAAAAUCAUCUGUAAAUCAUAUUGAUAUAAAUGCUACGGGUGAUUAUUUUGUUUCGGUGGGCAGUGAUCAAAUGGUGAAGCUUUGGGAAUACAAUCGUGGUAUAGUUGUUGCCCAGGGCAGUGAACAUGCCUCUGCCGUAAAAAGUGUGGCCUUUAGUCCAUGUGGUAAAUUCUUUGUGUCUGGAUGUUCAGAUGGUUGCAUUAUCAUAUGGGAUAUGCCAGAGAACAUCGGCUCCAGUAAUCCUCUAUCGGAUUUCAAUCAAUUAAAAAUCUCUUCCAAAUUAAAAUCGGAAACUAUGGAACAAAGGGCCAGUGCUCGCAGUAAUAAUAGUCAACGACGUGAAAAUAUCACUGAACUGGUGGCAAAUACACCCAAAAAUAAUGUCAAUCUAAUUGAGUGUCCACCGGUGGAUAUGCAAAAGAAAAUUGAAAUGAAUUGUGUCAAUCAGCAUAUAGAUGUUAAAAAAUGUUGA